GCCGAGCAGCAUGGCGGCGGAGGAGCGGCCGCCGAGCCGCCGCCGAGCCCGGCGCGGGCCGCCGCUUUUGCCGCUGCUGCCGCUGCUGCUGCUCCCUUUGUUCCCCCCCGGGCUGGGGGCCGCCGCUCCGCCGGGCCGGGGGCCGCCGCGCCUCGGGGGCUGCUGUCCCGCCGCCGCCGCGCCGCGCUGGGGGGCGGCCGCCCUUCCCCCGGGGCCGCCCGCGGCUCCGCGUCGCCGCUCCCCGCCGCGCUGCCCGCCCCGCGCCGCCCCGCCGAGACCGCGGAGGGGGCGUCGGGCGGCCCCCAACCGGCACCCGCUGUUCCCGCAGUACAACUACCAGGCGGAGGUGGCCGAGAACCAGCCCGCGGGCACGGCCGUGGUGGCGGUGGCGGCGCAGGACCCCGACGGGGGCGAGGCGGGGCGGCUGGUGUACUCCAUGGACGCGCUGAUGAACAGCCGCUCUCUGGAGCUCUUCAGCAUCGACCCUCACGCCGGGCUCAUCACCACCACCCAAGCCCUCGACCGCGAGAGCAUGGAGCUACACUACUUCCGAGUGACGGCCGCCGACCACGGGGCGCCCCGGCUGUCCGCCACCACCAUGGUGGCCAUCACCGUGGCCGACCGCAACGACCACGACCCGGUGUUCGAGCAGGGCGAGUACCGGGAGACCAUCCGGGAGAACGUGGAGGAGGGUUACCCCAUCUUGCAGCUGCGCGCCACCGACGUCGACUCGCCACCCAACGCCAACAUCCGCUACCGCUUCGUCAACGAGAGGGCGGCCCACGCCGUCUUCGAGAUCGACCCGCGCUCCGGGCUCAUCACCACCAGCGGGCCGGUAGACAGGGAGAAGAUGGAGAGGUACUCCCUGGUGGUGGAAGCCAACGAUCAGGGCAGGGAACCGGGGCCUCGCUCUGCCACCGUCAGGGUGUACAUCACGGUGCUCGACGAGAACGAUAACACGCCGCAGUUCAGCGAGAAGCGCUACAUCGUCCAGGUGAGGGAGGACAUACGGCCGCACACCGAAAUCCUGCGCGUCACCGCCACUGAUUUGGACAAGGACAACAACGCGCUCGUCCACUACAACAUCAUCAGUGGGAACAGCCGGGGCCAGUUCUCUAUCGACAGCGUCACCGGGGAGAUCCAGGUGGUGGCCCCGCUGGAUUUUGAGGUGGAGCGUGAGUAUGCCCUGAGGAUCCGGGCGCAGGAUGCGGGGCGCCCGCCGCUCUCCAACAACACCGGCAUGGCCAGCAUCCAGGUGGUGGACAUCAAUGACCACGCCCCCAUCUUUGUCAGCACCCCUUUCCAAAUCUCCGUCCUGGAGAACGCGCCUCUCGGCCAUUCUGUCAUCCACAUCCAGGCCGUGGACGCGGACUAUGGUGAGAACGCGCGUCUGGAGUACAAGCUGACCGGGGUCUCGGCUGACACACCCUUCGUGGUGAACAGUGCCACAGGGUGGAUCACGGUCAGCGGGCCUUUGGACCGGGAGUUGGUAGAGCACUAUUUUUUUGGGGUGGAGGCUCGUGAUCAUGGCUCUCCGUCGUUAUCUGCCUCUGCCAGCGUCACCAUCACGGUCAUGGAUGUCAACGACAAUCGCCCCGAGUUCACCCAGAAGGAGUACUUUAUUCGCCUGAACGAGGAUGCGGCCGUGGGGACCAGCGUCCUCAGCGUCACAGCAAUCGAUCGGGACGUGAACAGUGCCAUCACCUACCAGAUCACAGGGGGCAACACGCGGAACCGUUUUGCUAUCAGCACUCAGGGUGGAGUGGGGAUCAUCACUCUGUCCCUGCCGCUGGACUACAAGCAGGAGCGGCGCUACGUGCUCACCGUGACGGCCUCCGACCGCACGCUGCGUGACAACUGCCAUGUGCACAUCAACAUCACUGAUGCCAACACGCACAGGCCAGUAUUCCAGAGCGCGCACUACUCUGUGAGCAUCAAUGAGGACCGGCCCGUGGGCAGCACUGUGGUGGUGAUCAGUGCCACAGAUGAUGACGUGGGGGAAAACGCUCGCAUCACGUACUACCUGGAAGACAACGUCCCUCAGUUUCGCAUCGAUCCGGAUUCUGGGGCCAUCACUCUCCAGGCAGAACUGGAUUACGAGGACCAGGUCACCUACACGUUGGCUAUCACAGCCAAAGACAACGGGAUCCCCCAGAAAGCAGACACUACCUACGUUGAAAUCAUGGUGAAUGACGUUAAUGAUAAUGCGCCCCAGUUUGUCAGCACUCAUUACCAGGGCGUGAUCUCUGAGGAUGCGCCUCCAUUCACCAGCGUGCUCCAGAUCUCUGCCACCGACCGGGAUGCCCACACCAAUGGGAGAGUACAGUACACCUUCCAGAACGGGGAGGAUGGGGAUGGAGACUUCACCAUAGAGCCCACCUCGGGGAUCAUUCGCACUGUCCGCAGGCUGGACCGGGAGAAUGUCCCAGUCUAUGAGCUGACUGCAUAUGCUGUGGACAGGGGCAUCCCUGCUCAGCGAACUCCUGUCCAUAUCCAAGUGACUAUUCAGGAUGUGAACGACAAUGCCCCUGUCUUUCCAGCUGAAGAGUUUGAGGUCUUGGUAAAGGAGAACAGCAUUGUAGGCUCCGUCGUGGCUCAAAUCACAGCCAUUGACCCGGAUGAGGGACCCAACGCCCAGAUAAUGUAUCAAAUUGUGGAAGGCAACAUCCCUGAGAUAUUCCAGAUGGACAUCUUCUCUGGGGAGCUCACGGCCUUGAUAGACCUGGAUUAUGAGACAAAACCGGAGUAUGUGAUUGUAGUGCAGGCCACCUCUGCCCCUUUGGUCAGCAGAGCCACGGUACACAUCAAACUCAUUGACCAGAAUGACAACAGCCCUGUUCUCAAGAACUUCCAGAUCCUAUUCAAUAACUACGUGUCCAAUAAAUCCAAUACCUUUCCCUCCGGAGUCAUAGGGAAGGUCCCAGCAUAUGAUCCAGAUGUGUCCGACCGCCUCUUCUACACCUUUGAACGGGGAAAUGAACUGCACUUGUUGAUUGUAAAUCAGACAAGCGGGGAGCUGAGGCUGAGCCGUAAGCUGGACAACAACCGUCCACUCGUGGCUUCCAUGCUGGUGACUGUCACAGAUGGCAUCCACAGCGUGACGGCCCAGUGUGUCCUGCGGGUGAUCAUCAUCACAGAGGACAUGCUGGCCAACAGCAUCACGGUGCGCCUGGAGAACAUGUGGCAGGAGCGCUUCCUCUCCCCACUGCUGGCCACCUUCCUGGAAGGGGUGGCCACCGUGCUUGCUACGCCCAAAGAGGACGUCUUCAUCUUCAACAUCCAGAAUGACACGGACGUGGGUGGCACGGUGCUCAAUGUCAGCUUCUCGGCCCUGGCGCCGCGGGGUGGGCACUACUUCAGCUCGGAGGAGCUGCAGGAGCAGCUGUACAUGAAGCGCAUGGCGCUGACGGGAGCCUCCAUGCUGGAGGUGCUGCCCUUUGACGACAACGUCUGCCUGCGGGAGCCCUGCCAGAACUACAUGAAGUGCAUCUCCGUCCUCAAGUUCGACAGCUCUGCGCCCUUCAUCGCCUCCCCGUCCACUCUGUUCCGCCCCAUCCACCCCAUCACCGGCCUCAGGUGCCGCUGCCCGCAGGGCUUCACUGGCGACUACUGCGAGACGGAGAUCAACCUGUGCUAUUCCAACCCCUGCCUGCACGGAGGGACGUGCACGCGCAAGGAGGGCGGCUACACCUGUGUGUGCCGCCAGCACUUCAGCGGUGAGAACUGUGAGGUGGACAGCCGCUCGGGGCGCUGCCAGCCCGGCGUGUGCCGCAACGGGGGCACCUGCACCAAUGGCGCUGAUGGGGGCUUCCGCUGCCAGUGCCCAGCGGGCGGCUUCGAGACACCCUUCUGCGAGCUGUCCACGCGCUCCUUCCCACCCCGCUCCUUUGUCAUGUUCCGGGGCCUACGCCAGCGCUUCCACCUCACCCUCUCCCUCUCGUUCAGCACGGUGGAGCCCGGUGGCCUCCUGCUGUACAACGGGCGCCUGAACGAGCGGCACGACUUCUUGGCGGUGGAGAUCAUCCAGGGGCAGGUCCAGCUGAAGUACUCCACAGGGGAGUCCAGCACGGUGGUGAGCCCGUACCUGCCUGGGGGUGUGAGUGAUGGGCAGUGGCACACGCUGCAGCUCCGCUACUACAACAAGCCUAAGGUCAGCGCCCUGGGAGUGGUUCAGGGCCCCUCCAAGGACAAGGUGGCCAUCCUGACAGUGGAUGAAUGCGACGCCUCUGUGGCCCUGCAGUUUGGCAGUGAGAUUGGGAACUACUCGUGUGCUGCAGAAGGAGUGCAGACUAGCUCCAAGAAGUCCUUGGACCUCACGGGUCCCUUGCUCCUCGGAGGAGUCCCCAACCUGCCAGAAAACUUCCCUGUCUCCCACCGGGACUUUGUGGGAUGCAUGAGAGAUCUGUACAUCGACAACAAACGCAUCGACCUGGCCUCCUACAUUGCCAACAAUGGAACCACUGCAGGCUGCCACGCCAAACACAGCUUCUGUGACUCCAGCCCCUGUAAGAACGGCGGCACCUGCUCGGUCAGCUGGGGAACCUAUUCCUGCCUCUGUCCUGUGGGCUUCGGGGGCAAGGACUGCCGCCACGCCAUGCACCAUGCCCACUAUUUCCAGGGCAACAGUGUCCUGAGCUGGGACUUCAAGGCGGACAUGAAGAUCUCAGUGCCAUGGUACUUGGGGCUGGCAUUUCGGACCCGACAGAUGGACGGGGUGCUUCUGCAGGCCCACGCUGGCCAGUACACCACCCUGCUGUGCCAGCUGUCUGGAGGCCUGCUCUCCUUCAUGGUGAGCCGGGGCUCGGGGCGCAGCACCAGCCUGGUGCUGGACCAGCUGCAGCUGAACGACGGGCGAUGGCACGACCUCCAGCUGGAGCUGCGGGAUGUCCGCAGCGGGCGGGACUCACGCUACGUCAUCACCAUCAUGCUGGAUUUUGGGCUCUACCAGGACACGGUUGUUGUUGGAAAUGAACUGCAUGGCCUGAAGGUGAAACACCUGCACGUGGGGGGAGUCCUGGGCUCUGGCGAGGUGCAGAACGGGCUGAGGGGCUGCAUACAGGGGGUGCGACUGGGUGACAGCGUCACUGGGACUGUGCUGCCUAAGCCCAGCCAUGCCCUACGGGUGGAGGCUGGCUGCAGCGUGCCCAGCCCUUGCGACUCCAACCCCUGCCCAGCCAAUAGCAUCUGCAAGGAUGAGUGGCAGAGCUAUUCCUGUGUCUGCCAGCCAGGGUACUACGGAGGGGAAUGUGUGGAUGCAUGUCACCUCAACCCCUGCAAGAACAAGUCGGUGUGUCGCCGCAAGCCGGGCUCACCUCUGGGCUACGUGUGUGAGUGCGGAGGGAACUUUUUUGGGCAGUACUGCGAGCACAGGAUGGACCAGCAGUGUCCGAAGGGCUGGUGGGGGAACCCCUCCUGCGGGCCAUGCAACUGCGAUGUGAGCAAGGGCUUUGACCCUGACUGCAAUAAAACCAACGGGCAGUGCCACUGCAAGGACUUCCACUACCGCCCCAAAGGCAGCGACACCUGCCUGCCUUGUGACUGCUACCCCGUGGGCUCCUCCUCGCGCUCCUGCGACAAGGAGACUGGCCGGUGCCACUGCAGGCCUGGAGUCAUUGGCCGCCAGUGCAACAGCUGUGACAGCCCCUUCGCCGAGGUGACACCCAGUGGCUGCAAGGUGCUCUACGAUGGAUGUCCCAAAAGCCUGAAAGCAGGCGUGUGGUGGCCUCAGACCAAGUUUGGCUUCUCGGCCGUGGUGCUGUGUCCCAAAGGCUCCUUGGUUUCAGCCAGGAUGGGGCUGGGCCUGACACUACAGCUGGGCACACGUAGCACCUGGUGCUGCACAGCUGGGCCCCUUCUGAGCGCUGUGCGGGGAGCAGGGCAUGGCGUGCCGCUCGGUGAGUGCCUUGGGUGGAAGUCACAGCCCUGCUUGGAGAAGGCCGAUGUGGGUGAUGGCAGAGGUGCGAGCAGGGUGUGUGGGACUGCAGGGCAGCGCGAGCCCCAGGGGACAAUACAAACCCUGUCCUUCUCCAGCCGUUCGCCCCGGGAAGAGGCAGGUUCGGCUCCUAACUGUUGUCGCUUCUCUCCCCGGUUCUCUCGCCAUCCGUGCUCAGGUUUGAGGGGUGCAGGUGCAGCUGUCAGACACUGUGAUGAGGAGAAGGGCUGGCUGGAGCCCGAUCUCUUCAACUGUACUUCACCUGCCUUCAAGGAGCUCUCCAUGCUGCUGGAGGGCUUGGAGAGGAAUGAGACUGAGCUCAACACGAUUGAAGCCAAGAAGUUGGCCCACCGUCUCCGGGCCGUGACAGACCACAUGGACCACUACUUUGGCAACGAUGUGCACAUCACCUACCGCCUGCUGUCCCGCCUGAUGGCCUUCGAAAGCCGGCAGCAUGGCUUUGGUCUGACAGCCACGCAGGAUGCCCACUUCAAUGAGAACCUGUUGCGUGCGGGCAGCUCUGUGCUGGCGCCUGAGAACCGGGAGCACUGGGCUAUGCUGCCACACAGCGAGCACGGCAGCGCCAGCCUGAUGGAGCAGCUGCGGGACUACUCGGGCACACUGGCCAGCAACAUGAAACUCACCUACCUCAACCCUGUUGGUGUCGUCACCCCCAACAUCAUGCUGAGCAUCGACCGCAUGGAGAACCACUCACACAUCCGCCGGCGCUACCCUCGCUACCACAGCAGCCUGUUCCGUGGCCAGCCUGCCUGGGACCCCCACACCCACGUUGUGCUGCCACUGUCAGUGCUGAGCCCCCCAAAAGCCGAAGCUGUCGCCACGGCGGUGCCCACGGUGGCUGGGGGUGAAGGGAACUACACCGUGGAGAGCUCAUCUCCAAGGCAGGCACUGCCAGAGCCUGAGCCUGCUCUCACUGUCAUCAUCCUCAUCAUGUACCGCACACUGGGGGGGCUGCUCCCCGCACGCUACCAGGUGGAUCGUCGCAGUGUCAGGCUCCCCAAGAAUCCUGUGAUGAACUCCCCCAUUGUGAGUGUGUCUGUGUUCAGCAAUCACACCUUCCUGCGGGGGCCCCUGGACACCCCUCUCGUGCUGGAAUUUCGCCUGCUGGAGACAGCCAACAGGAGCAAACCUCUCUGUGUCCAGUGGAACCACUCCAGCCCGACCAAUCCAUCAGGCUUCUGGACAGCCAGGGACUGUGAUCUUGUGUACCGAAACACCACGCACGUCCACUGCCAGUGUUCCCAGUUUGGCACCUUUGGGGUUCUGAUGGACAGCUCACACCGAGAGCAACUAGAAGGUGACCUGGAGACGUUGGCGAUUGUCACCUACUCCUUGGUGUCUCUCUCCCUUGUGGCCCUGCUGCUGACCUUCUCCUUCCUGACCUGCCUCAAAGGCCUCAAGUCCAACACACGUGGCAUUCACUCCAACAUAUCGGUCACCCUCUUCUUCUCUGAGCUCCUCUUCCUCCUGGGCAUCAACCGCACUGAAAACCAGUUUCUUUGCACUGUGAUUGCCAUCCUCCUCCACUGCUUCUUCCUUUCCACGUUUGCCUGGCUCUUCGUCCAGGGCCUCCACAUCUAUCGCAUGCAGACCGAAGCCCGCAAUGUCAACUUCGGGGCCAUGCGUUUCUACUAUGCCAUCGGCUGGGGAGUGCCUGCCAUCAUCACCGGGCUGGCUGUUGGCCUGGAUCCUGAGGGCUACGGGAACCCUGACUUCUGCUGGAUUUCCGUUCAUGAUAAGCUGGUCUGGAGUUUUGCAGGCCCCAUUACUGUCGUCAUUGUGAUGAAUGGGGUGAUGUUCCUGCUUGUGGCCAAGAUGUCCUGUUCCCCAGGCCAAAAGGAGACUAAGAAGAAAUCGGUUCUCAUGACGUUACGGAGCUCCUUUGUUCUGCUUCUAGUUAUUAGCGCUACCUGGCUCUUUGGCCUCUUGGCUGUCAACAACAGUGUCCUGGCUUUCCACUACCUCUACACUGUCCUCUGCAGCCUCCAGGGCCUGGCUGUGCUGGUCCUCUUCUGUGUGCUGAAUGAGGAGGUGCAAGAGGCCUGGAAGCUGGCCUGCCUUGGCAAGAAGGGGCAGAGCGAGGAGGCUGCUCGGAGUACGCAGGGCCCCAAUACCUACAACAAUACGGCGCUGUUUGAGGAGAGCGGGCUCAUCCGUAUCACCCUGGGGGCUUCCACCAUCUCAUCGGUGAGCAGCGUGCGCUCUGCCCGCACCCACUCCAGCCAGCGGGGAUACCUCAGAGACAACAUGACGGCACGUCAGGGCUCAGCUCUGGAUCACAGCCUGCUGGGUCACGCUGGCCCCACGGACAUCGACGUGGCUAUGUUCCACCGUGAUGCUGGGGGAGACCAGGACUCGGACUCAGACAGCGACCUGUCUCUGGAUGAGGAACGCAGCCUCUCCAUCCCAUCGUCAGAAAGCGAGGAGAAUGUGCGCCUGCGGGGCCGCUUCCCGCGCCAGUUCAAGCGUGCAGCACACAGUGAGCGCCUCCUCACCAACCCAACAAACACUGCUCCCAAAGAUGUGGAUGGCAACGACCUCAUGUCGUACUGGCCGGCUUUGGGCGAGUGUGAGGUUCAUCCCUGCUCCCUGCAGAAGUGGGGCUCUGAGCGGAAACUGGGGUUUGACAUCAAUAAGGAUGCAGCCAACAACAAUCAGCCAGACCUGGCCUUGACCAGUGGGGAUGAGAACUCGCUCACCCAGACCCAACGACAGAGAAAAGGGAUUUUGAAGAACCGCCUCCAGUACCCUCCAGCUCUGCAGGGCUUGCCGGCCGUCGGCAGGAUGACCAACGAGCUGUCCUGGUACAAGACCUCCACACUGGGUCACAGGGCCGUCCCCGCUGCCUCCUAUGGCAGGAUCUACUCCGGGGCAGGCAGCCUGUCGCAGCCAGCCAGCCGGUACUCAUCUCGGGAGCAGCUCGACAUGCUGAUGAGGAGACAGAUGUCCCGGGAGCAGCUGAGCAGGAACAACUCAGGAGAGUGUUUGGAAACGGUGCCCAGCCGGCACGGGUCCAGGGAGGAGCUGGACACUAUUCCCAGCAGGCACGGGUCUACCGAACACCUAGAAAAUCUCCCCAGCAGACACGGGUCGAGGGAAAAUUUGGAUCUUCUUGCUCCUAGGCCCAGUCAAAGAGAUCAUGGGAACACACUGCCCCGGAGGCAGGGCUCCAGAGACCACCUUGAAACUUUACCCUGCAGAUUUGGGUCAAGAGAGCAGCUAGACUGUGGGCUGGUAAGAGAGGUCUCAAGAGAGUGGCUAAAUACAUUGCCAAGUAGGCAAGGGUCCAGAGACCGCAUAGACAGAUUGCCAAGUCGAGAUACUUCUCGAGAACAAUUGGAUUUGCUUUCUAGAAGACAACCUUCAAGGGACCAGCUAGCAUCAUCUAGACAAACUUCAAGAGAGCAUCUGGACUUUCUCUCCAGAAAAUCUAAUUCCAGAGAGCCUCUGGGUACAGUGCCUAGCAGGCAGCCCUCACAGGAGAAUCUGGGGAGUCUCUCUAGGAGACAGCUCUCUAGGGAAAGCCUGGAACCACUCUCUAGGAGGCAGCCUUCUAGAGAGAACCUGGAGGCCAUCCCCAGCAGACAUCCUUCCACUGAACAGUUAGACAUCCUAUCUUCCAUCCUUGCUUCUUUUAACACCUCCGUCCUGUCCUCGGUGCAAUCUUCCAGCACGCCUUCAGGCCCCCAGACCACCGCCAACCCUUCUGGCAUGCACACCUCGACGCCCUCUGCAAUGUGCCCCUCAACGCCUCACUCCAGCACCUCUCACAGCAUUUCGGAGCUGUCGCCAGACUCAGAAAUAAUGAGAAACGAAGGCCAUUCCUGAGGGGCCGAAGACGUCCAGAAGAGAGAUAGAAGAGACAGGGCCGUUCGCCUAGCCAGACACUACCAGCCAAGGUUUGGCAUCCCCAUGGGCAGGGGCAGAACUGAUGGUGGUCAGAGGCCCAAAAACCAACUCUGCCUUCCCUGCCCUCCGGGCUGAGGGGCCGGCACCCAACCAUCCACCUCCGGAGCCUCCGGGCUCUCUGCCGCUCUGCUCCGUUUGCCUGCCUGGUGUGAGAGGUAUAGCAGGAGCCUGUUCAGGGGAGAGUUGUGUUGAGCCCCCUGGGGCUGAACUCUUCCUUUGCAACCCAUUUCUAUGUGGGGUGCGUGCGUGCGUGUGUGUGUGUGUGUGUUUGUGUGUGUGUGUGUGUGUGGACAGGGGCAGGGGGACAGAAAUGGAGCCCAGGACAUGGGGGUGGAGGAGGGUUUUCUACCUUUUUGUAUCUUUGUAAUCAGAGAGAAGAGAAAUUUCUAUGGUUAUUUUUGCGGAUGGUCUGUUCCCAGGACCUGGGGUGUCUGUCUGCCAACAGCCCUUCUCUGGCUUCCCUGGGGUGCCAGGGACUACAGGACUGGAGGGACAGUGCUAAGCAGACCUCGUGGCUUUGCCAGCGUCACUCAGUCUCCUCCCUGAGGCAGGCGGUGAGCGUCCAGCUGGGCCCUCUGCUCCUCGCCCCACAGCUCCCUAUAUGUCUCAGCAGGGUCCUCCUGCUGUCCUGUGUCCCUCAGUGCCCUGCAGCUGUGCUGGCCCUGCAGCCCAGCUUCCCUCAGCCCUGUCUGCUCUGGGGCUGCCCCUGUCCAUGAGCUGGGGUAAGCAUGAGGGUUUCAGGCACAGAGCUGGGUGGCCCUGGCACUGCUUGGGCAGCUCAGCGGUAGGCCAGGCUGUUUUGGUGCCCAGCAGCCAAUGAGCAUCUUCAGGAAUGAGACCUCUCUGGUCUUUUGGUCUGGCGUUGCUUGCAGAAGUUGUUUCUAGCUGGUUCCCUGCAGGCUCUGUGCAUGCAAGCCCUGCCAGCAGAGAACCCCUUCUCCGGGCAGCCUGGAUUUCAGGAGACAGAGACGAAUGGCACUUUGCCCUUUGGAAAUUCAGGCUACUCUGCACGCUUCUCUGUUAAGCCAGGGCCCCCACCAUCCCCUCACCAGCUGGCUCUCCUCUGUGCCUACACUGGGAGCGGGGCCCCUGGCUUGGGGGGCUGGCACACUCCCCUUGGCCCACCCAGAGAGGCCAUGCCCCUGCUCAGCUGUCCCUGGGUGCCACCAGGGCCGUGGUGCUCACUGCCUUACUGCCACCCCACUGCCACACCUCGCAGCCCGGGAUGUUUACACAGGAGGAUUUGUGCUGCUGUCCUCCAGGGCUCUGCCCGGGCAGGCCAAGGUCUCGGGUUGGGGAAGGCCUUGCGCCGGCUCCCGGCAUGGAGCUGAGCAGCUCCGCAAGCCCGUCUCCCCGCUGACAUGUUUACACACCCUACGGGACCACUCGUUUACAUGUUUCUCUCCAGCUUGGGCAAGGGGGCCACAGCCCUCUAGUGCCAAAUGGAGAGCAAGAGACAAGUGCCAAAAAAUAAAUAAGACACGGUGGAGCUGAUGGCAUCGGGGUGGCUAUGCCUGUGGUACAGGGCCAGGCAGGGAGCAGGGCAGCCUUGCAGGGCUGUGGCUCAGUCCCAGUGUGGUGCUGUUGCCUGGGCUCUGGGAGCACCCUCCUUGGGUUUGGGUUUGUUCCUUUGGGGAUUUGGUUUUGGUUGUUUUUUCGGGUCUUUUUGUUCUGUCUCCAUAUCCCAAUCCUGUGGGCAGGGAGAUACCCACGCUCCCUCCCUGGCUGUGUAAAAGUGUAUCAUGGAAGCGCCAGAUUUGGAAAUAAAAGUCUAUAAAAUGGCA